ACGAAAAUGUCACAGCAUCGGCGCAUCACUUUCGUAGCAAUAGAAAUUGCUCUAAUAGCGGUAUUUUUGAGUUACAGACAUGGUUUUGUGGAUUUGCAGAAACUGACUCGCCUACGUAGUGCAAACUCGCAACCAAAUGUGCCGCUUCAAAAUUCCACCAAUAGCACCAAUUUGGCAGAUCAACUAGCUGAUGAAGUACGCAUCCUCUGCUGGGUUAUGACCACGCCUGCGAAUCAUAAAACUAAAGCGAUUCAUGUGCGUCGUACGUGGGGUAGACGCUGUAAUCGCCUUUUGUUUGUUACCUCGCAGGCAGAUGAAGAUUUGGGCGAAACGUUGGUUAUUACAGCGGUGGAGGAUACGUAUGAAAAAAUAUGGGCUAAAACGAGGCUAGCAUUUGAGCAAAUAUAUCACAAAUAUGGGGAUGAUAUGGACUGGUUCUACAAAGCCGAUGAUGAUACCUUUGCUUUCAUCGAAAAUAUGCGUUAUAUGCUUUACCCUUAUAGUCCGGAUAUACCAAUUUAUUUCGGACACAAUUUCAAAUUACAGCGAAACAUAGAACAGGUUUACAUGUCUGGUGGAAGCGGCUAUGUUUUAAGCCGUGAAUCUCUUCGUCGUUUUGUUGAAUCGGCUAUAGUUAAUAAUACCAAUUGUGAUGCCAUUAAUGACCAUCAACCCGAAGAUGUUGCCAUGGGUCAAUGUUUGCGAGCAGUGAACGUUACUGCAGGCGAUUCGCGUGAUACCCAUGGCGAAUGGCGUUUUUUUCCUUUUACGCCAUUUGACGCGUUAACAGAAACACAACCAUCAGAUGAUUAUUGGUUUUUGUUUUACAGUUUUUAUACUCCACGUGCGUGCAGAGAUUGCCUUUCAAAAUAUGCCGUAGCCUUUCACUACAUUCCUCCUGAAGCCAUGUAUUUUUAUGAAUUUUUUGCAUACGAAUUUCGAGCCUAUGGUCUGCCGGAUGAGCCGGAGUAUGUGCUGCCCAAGAAGUUGGCUAUUGACGAAGUUGUAAUACCUAAACCUGACAAUAUUUGGGAUAUUGUAUCACCGUGAUAAAGAAAAUAAUCUCAAUGAAUACAUGUAUGUGUGUAUGUGUCACGUAAACAGA